AAGGGACAGCAUUAGAAGACGAGAGGGAAUAACCCUCCUUGUACACCCAACAUUAAAUUAUUCAUAUACAAGUUUGGUAUUUAGAUACCUUUUAUAGAGAUUUAAGUUUACCGAUCAUUUCCGAGAAUGAGUAUGCAAAGAUUAACAAGAAAUAUAUCAAAGAGAAUCCAAAGGGUGUUGGAAGAAAUUGCUGAACGAUUGGCCCAUCCUCAUCAGCUUCAACCUGUCCCUAUUCCUGUCAGAGUACCUGUUCCAGUUAGAGGGAGACCUAGGGGUCCACAUGGUAUACCACACCGUUCAAAUUUUGCUUGUCCUGGUUUACAAAUAAGGAGAUUCUUUUGUUCGUUUACUGGUGGUAACCCAAAUUGGACUUAUCAUCAAAUGAACUCAAAUUUUCCUGGAAGAGGUAAAACCUGGUUUGGUAAAUAUAAUAUCUUUCAAAGAUUUUACAGUUUUGCUGGGAAACGAGCUGUUGGUGGUUCAAGGAUAUUGCAAUCCUUAGAUCAUAGUUUUAUGUUUCAUAAUUUUUCCCAAGCAUAUCAAAGUAAUUUCCGGUUGAAAUUAUAUCAACAAAAUGUCAGAUUAACUUAUCGGACAAUAUUUAACAGAUUACGUGAAAAAUAUCAAAUUUAUGGUGGAUUAACUCAAGCUAAUGUAUUUGCUGGCACCAACCAUACUUUUAAUUAUAAGCAAAAAUUUAACCCUACCAUUAGAUUGAAUUUGUCUUUAACUCCACAACAUCAUAAAAUUACUCUUCAAUUAGCAAGAAGUGAUUCUUCAGCUACCACUCAAGAAAAAUUAGAAUGUAAUCAACUUAAUGUUGGCUGUUAUAUUGAUUUCCCAAUCAAUUUUAAUUUGAAUAUUCCCCAAGAAACAAUUUUGACAGAAGAGACUUUUGAAGAAAUGAUGUUUAACAUAAAAAUGUUUGAACAAAAAUUGAAAGAUUUGAAGAAGGAUUUAACUAACUUAUUUGAAUUGGGUGAGUUACCUAUAAAGUAUAUCUCCGAUAAGAAUGUCUUGCGAAUUUAUUUCCCCAAUUGUGAUCGAGAAAAGUUGGAAAAUUUAUGUAAGGAGAAGAAUGUUACUGGUGGCAUUAUAUUUGAAGAAGAUUGUGAAAAUUAUCCUGAACCAGCUAUGAUGAUGGCCCCUUCUUCAAGCGGUAGUGUAGGUGAAUCUGAUAUUUUAAGUUGUUAUUAUGGUACUAAUGAAUCUGAGAGUUCUUGUGAAUCUCAAAGUGAUUUAUUUUCAACUAGUGAAGAAUUUCAUCCUCUUUCGGAAGAUGAUAUUGUUCGUCCCGAAUUUGCCAUGGGUACAAUGCCAAUCAAUAUGGACCCAGUUAUUAGUGAUUGUGAUGAAUAUUAUUGGAUAUCAUCAAGUCAUUAAGUUUGCGAAUAUUUGUAUGAGGUUAUGAGAUUAAAGGUUAUGAGAAUAGGAUCUGGGAUUACAUGUUUAUAGUGUUUAAAUAGUUGAAUUAUUCAUAUUAUGUAUUGACUGUACUUGU